AUGCCUUCCCUCGACAUCGUUACUGGCGCGCUCCUCGUCGGUACAUGGGUCAACUCUUUACUAUAUUCCGUCGAAGCUAGCCAGGUCAUCCGCUACUUUCGGUCUUUUCCCAACGACGACUGGUAUCUCAAGGCGCUCGUGAUCAGCGCCUUUCUUCUGGACACAGCGUCCGCUGUGGGGAACUAUGCGGCCGUGUACCUCUACACGAUCACGCACGCCGGUGACAUGCUUUACUUGAGCAACCAGAAUUGGACGUUCCCGCUAUUGAUCUUCACAACGGGCCUGGUCGCGGCGGAAGUGCAGGUCUUCCUCGUUGCGCGGUACUGGCGAUUUUCCAAGAAUAUUUUUAUCACCUUAUUCUUUUUCCUCGUCAUUAUUGUUGCGACCGGCGCCUGCUUCGCCACGGGAAUCACCGUCACCCGCUUCCCGUCGUACGUCGACCGGAGCAAGGCCCGCGUCUUCGCUGCCACAUGGGUCAUUUCGCAGGCCGUGACUGACCUCCUCAUCGCUGUCGCGCUCGUUUGGCAGUUCCGCCGCGUGAAGAGUAGCUUCAAGGAGACGCAAAGCAUGCUUAACCGUCUUGCCCUGCAGACGAUCCAGACCGGCAGCGCUAGCGCGGCAGUUGCGCUCGCGGCGAAUAUUUCUUAUCUGGUCAACAACGAGAGCAACGUCCCGCUUGGAAUUGCCUACUGCCUUGGACGAGUCUAUGUACUCACGAUGUUGAGCAAUCUCAACGUCCGUGCGCUGGUAAAUCCGAGCGGCACACGCAGUCGCAGUCAUGGGGCGACGUCUUCUGCGACGGGCGGUGUGCCGCACGACACGCGCUCCAAACCAACAGGCAGCCGGGAGGAUGGUAUACACGUGCACCGCAGUGCAGUGGUCAAAAUCGAUGCAGACAGCGAGGGACACCCCAUGAAGUCCCUCCGAAACGGCUCUGACCGUUCUCACCGAUCUGAGUCCCCGAUCGCCUUUGGCCGGGAUGCAAAGCAUGAGUUCGGAGGACCAUUUUAA